AUGACCACCCCCGCCUCGACUGCACCUGCAACAGAACCGACCGACUCGCCCGACACCGGUCCCGCACCCCGACAACUCGCUCAAGCCGACCUCGCGCCGCAACUCCCGCUCGCCCGCGCCAACCUCGCCAGGCGCGAGGGGCACGGCCGGGACGACAUCGACAACGACGACGACCCGGCACUCGUCGAGGGCAUCGACCCUUUCGCCCCGAUCGAGCUCUCGUCGUCGCUCCCCUCGACCGCCUCGUCCCCUCCCACCCUCGCCUCCCUCUUCGACUCGACCUUCGCCGCCCUCGACGCGUCCACCGCCUCGCUCCUGUCGUCGUCCCUCCCCGCGUCCCUCGCCGCCCGCUUCUCCGACGGCGGCGUCCCGGGCACGGCCCUCUCGGCAGCCUCGCAGCGCACCGCGCUCCAGGCCGCCCUCGACUGCGCCGCGAGCGAGGGCCAGUGGGUCCACGACCCGCGCGGCGACCGCCUCGUCGACGAGGCCCGAGGUCUCGUCGUCCACAAGCAGGACCCGCGCUACAACGCGUGCGACAAGCGGUUCUACAAGGGCCGUGCACCCGCGUCCCGCUCGGGCGACGACGCCGCCGGCGCAGAGUGGGACGUGCGCCCGUCGCUCAAGUGGCGCUGGGAGCCCUCGCCGCUGUGCCCUGCCCUCCCUCGUCCGCCCUCGACCUCGUCGUCGUCAUCGUCGCGCACCCGGUUUUGCACCCUCCUCGCGCACAAGUCGAUCCUCCUCGUCGGCGACUCGACCCAGUACUCGCUCCACGACCUCGUCCUCGACCAUGCCGCGACCGCCCCGCAGAGCUGCUACGGCGACCUGUACUGCAAGGAGCACCUCCUGUGCGCCGAUGUGCUCGCCGCCGCGAGGCAAGGGCGCGACGCCGACGUCGAGACCGCCGAGCGCGACGAGCGCGUGUUCGGCGACGUGCCCCUCCCGCCGGGCAUGACCUCGGCGCGCCACCUCGAGCGGCGAGCGGCAGCAGGCGCGCAUGGCUCGUCGGCCAAGUCGCGCUACUCGUCGGCGGCGACGGGCACCCUCCUGCGGUACCGCCGCAGCGACGGCCUGCGCCCCUCGACGCAGCACACCGCGCCGACGUACCGUCACCCGGCGACCGGCGUCCGCGAGGUCAACCAGCCCUGGCUCGCCGACGCCCGCCGCAGCGACGUCGUCGUCGUCACCAAGCCGCCGCUCCCGCUCCCGCUCCGCGCCGCCGACGCCGCCUUCUGGGCCGACCUCGACGCCGCCGCCGCCCGAGGCCGCGUCGCACGCGCCGAGAAGCUCGUCGAGCUCGCCGCCGAGUGGACCCGCGAGACGUGGGUUCCCGAGCUCGUCGACGCGCUGCGGGCCGUGCGCAGCCCGCCGAGCUCGGGCGCGCAGCUCGUCGUGUACCGUUCCGGGUGGCGCCAGCACGCCGACUGUGCGGCGCCGCUCUCGAGCGAGGGAGCCGGCGGCGCAGAAGGCGACGGCCUGCCGCCGAGGGGCGCGCCGCCCGGGCUCGAGGCGCUCCUCGGCGCACCGAGCGAGGGCUCGUUCAGCGUCGACGGCGACGCCCAGGACGACGAGCCCGACGUGCCGCUCCACAUCGCGUGGCACAACGCGCAGCUCGUCCUGCAGAACGCCGUCACGCGCGCGACCGUCGUGCCCGCGUUCGGCGCUGUGUACCUCGACCUCGAAACGCCCCUGUCCAUCUGGCGCUCGGGCAUGGUCGGCUCGUCGGCCGCGCCGUCCGCCUCGCAAGCGCUCGUCUUCCAGGGCGCGCCGCAGGGCCCGGGCGCAGGGCUGCGCACGCCCGCGAGCGGCGACUGCACGCGGUACUGCCUGCCCUCGCCCGGCCUCGCACUCGAGACGCACUUCCUCGGCGCGCUCGCGAGCGUGUUCGAGGCCGGCUGGGCCGGCGAGGAGAGCGAGUUCGAGCACGAGUGGGUCGGCGAGGGGUUUGUCGGGAUCAAGGAGCGCGAGCAGCUGUAGCUGGUGCCUCUUUUCGAGUUGGCGGGACCGCUGCAGCGCAGAGAGUCGUAAUGUC